UGAAAGUUUCUUGUGGGACUGUCCGCACAGAGGGCUUACAUCACAUGACUGUGGACACAAUGAAGAUGCUGGAGUCAUCUGCUCAGGUGAAAUGAACACUAACAUUCGAUGUGGGGGCAUUUUGAGAAAUUCAAAUGGGAACGUAUCUUUGGAUUCCGAUAUUUCCUCAGAGUCUGACUCCUGUGUUUGGUACAUCAGUGUCACAAAUAAUAAUAGAAUUCAUCUCAACUUCAGAACAUUUACAAUGAAGAAUUCCCGGUCCUGCAAUUCAUCUUCUUUGUCAAUAUAUGAUGGAACUCCUCUUGGGUCAUCUUCAAUUGGAGAUCUGUGCAGAACACGUACAAGAGAGUUCAUCUCCUCAUCGAACAGCAUCAGCAUUGUCUAUUCGCGGGCCAACAGAGAGGCAGGCUUAGAAUUUUAUGCAACAUACUAUUCUACUGAUAACGACAACCAAAAUGUCAGUCUGUCCUGCUAUUCUGAAUACAUGAAAGCUCGAAUCUCACUUAGCUAUCUUCAAGCGCUGGAAUAUUCUUCAGAUAAUAUAUUUUUGAAUGACCCGCAGUGUCGCCCUCAAGUUGUAUCAGGUUGGGCGGAGUUUCACAUACCUUAUGGGAGAUGUCUGACAGUAAAACAGGUUGAAAAUGACACAAUAACUUACACAAAUACCCUGUUCACCGGUUCAGCCGACACAAUUGUUUACAGAAAAAAACUAGGUCUAACUCUUAAAUGCCGGAUGUACCAAGAUACUGUAGUUGAAGGCAUAUACUCUGCAGAUGACAUCAUAAAGAACACGUUUAUCCAAUACGGCCUCUUUUCUGCUAACUUGACAUUCUUCCAGUCCUGGAAUUACAUAUAUCCAGUGAAUCAGUAUCCAUACUAUGUGGCUCUUAAUCAGCAUUUAUACCUGCAAGCAGCUUUACUCACAUCUGAACCUGACCUGGUCGUAUUUCUAGAUACUUGUGUGGCAUCCCCUGAUGAAUUUGACUUCACAAGAAAUGUUUAUUAUAUCGUUCACAACGGGUAA